AUGCUCCUCUUAGAUGGCCUUAGCUUCUCUAUUUUAAAUAAUUCCCCCUCAAUAUCUCUUCUCUGGAAGAGAAGCAGCAGCAAGAGCUGAAUCUAACGCUUCUUCCAUCGACCCGUAUGAGCUGCACCUCACCCCUUUCUUCCAGCUCUCCUUCUUGAUGCUCCUCCCCUUCACACUCCCUCCCUCCUUCACUCUCCAAACCCCUCGCUCCUUCUCCUCUUCUCGGCUUCGGAUGCCCUGCUCACUUACAGUAUGGACUCGGGAGGCGAAGGAGAAGAGGGUUGGAUGGAGGACCAAUGGGAAAAAUGGUUGACCCAUGACAUUAGCUUGGGUGAGUUUGAAGAUGAUGACCUGUCAGAGAUUACGGAGAUCACAGAUGAAUGUGGAAUGAGCCUCAACUGCAAUGGCCCGGAUAUAAAGGGCCACACAAGACGAGGGACCAAUGGCAGGGCGGGGAGGGCAGAGCUCGGCGCUGUAGGACAGCUCCAGGCAGAGAUGCUGCAUUUGGAUCUCAUUGAUGGUGCUGACGGUUUCCGCGGUGAUAAAGAGUCUUCCAAAGCCUCCAUCGCACCUCCUCCAGUCACCAAGGAUCCUACAGAACCUGUUACCAUGGAUACCUACCGGCCCAAGAGACCGACAACCCUUAACCUCUUUCCAGUUGUGCCCCGGACACAGGAUACAUUAAAUAACAAUUCCUUUGGGAAGAAAUACACGUGGCAGGAAAAGGUUUCGGGAUCAUCGUCACCUCUCAAAACUGGUGAACUAACACCCUUGCGUGAGCACAGCUGCCUGAGUGACGAAGACAAGGUGCGGAGCGGCGGUGCGCAGACCAAAGACAGAGGCACCUCCACCGACGCCCCCUGCCGGCACUCGCAGACGUCUGGAGAUUCGCAAAGCUCAACAACAGCAGCGUCGACGCGGCCAAAGUUUCAGGCGAAACCACCCCCGCCGCCACAGAAUUACAAACCAGCUCCUCUGUAUCCAGCUGGCAAGGUGGAUGGUUGUGGCUACCAACAGGAGAGGAUCCAGCACCACUCAGAGGCUCCAGAGGAGCCCACAGAGGAGAUUUAUCUUACUCCAGUGCAGCGCUGUUCGGACCCUUCAGAGCCUCCUUGCACACAGGACCGGCCUUUCCUUUCACAACUGAGUGAGCAGGGUCGUAUGUCCAUUAGCUCUGAUACAGAAGGCCCACCUCCUUACCAGCCACUACCUGACCAGUCCAACCCCUCCAUCUACGAGGAGGACGAAGUCUAUAUCGCCCCACCUUCUUACGCAUCCUGUGUUGAAUCGCUCAUCACGCCACCUAGCAUGGCUCUGUCAACUCAUUCUUCCCUGGCACUGGACUUCAGUCUCAAUGGGUCAGGAACAGGGGCAGGGGCAAUGUUGAGAACUGGAUCAUCAGUCGAGUAUGUGGAUGCAACGGACGAAAACUACUGUGGGGAGGAUGAGGAUGUGGACAGAAUAACCCUGGACGAAAGAAUAAAGAAAGUGGUCGGAAAGGUGGAAAGCAGCAACAGCAGAGCCACUCUACUAAGAACUUCCAUGAGCUCUGAUGCCAGGGGACUGUCGUACGACUCAGUCAAAUACACUUUGGUGGUGGACGAGCACGCUCAGCUAGAACUUGUCAGUUUGAGGCAGUGUUAUCAAGGUUACAGCGACGACAGCGAUUCGGCUACAGUCUACGACAACUGUGUCUCCUCUCCCUAUGAGUCUGCCAUUGGGGAAGAGUACGAGGAGGAAGAUGAAGAGGAAGAGUGCGCUCGUCUGGAUGGAGUGAGACGAGAGGACACAGCUUGUCUGUCGGAAGACUCCACGCCCGAUGGUGACUUGCAUUUCUCCAAGAAGUUCCUCAAUGUCUUCAUGAACGGACGAUCAAGCUCAUCAAGUGCAGAGUCUUUUGGUUUAUUUUCUUGCGCCAUAAAUGGGGAAGAACAGGAUCAGAGUCAUCGGGCUGUCUACAGGUUUGUCCCUAGGCAUGAUGAUGAGUUGGAGCUAGAGGUGGAUGAUCCAUUGCUGGUUGAAGUCCAAGGGGAGGAUUACUGGUAUGAGGGUUUCAACAUGAGAACUGGUGCCCGGGGGAUAUUCCCUGCUUACUAUGCUAUCGAGGUAACCAAGGAGGCUGACAGCUUCAAAGCAAAGAGCUGUGAGUGGCAAGACAGAUACCGACUAAAGUUCCUCGGCUCAGUUCACGUGCCCUACCACAAAGGAAACGAUGUUCUUUGUGCAGCUAUGCAAAAGAUUGCUACCAAUAGAAGAAUGACAGUGAAGCACAACCCGCCCUCAUCCUGUAUCCUGGAAAUCAGUGUGAAGGGAAUCAAAUUGGCUGUUCAGGAGGAUUAUUAUGCUUCUGACCGAAGUAACGAGUGCAGCCACUUUUUCCAGUUAAAAAACAUCUCCUUCUGUGGUUAUCACCCCAAAAACUGCAAAUAUUUUGGUUUCAUAACCAAGCACCCGGCAGACAAGAGAUUUGCUUGCCAUGUGUUUGUGUCUGAGGACUCCACCAAGGCUGUUGCAGAGUCAGUAGGGAAAGCCUUCCAUUUGUAUUACAAAGAAUUUGUGGAGUUUUCGUGUCCCACAGAAGACAUCUACUUGGAGUAGCCUAGUCCUGCCUUCAAUCACCGCCUUGUACAGUACACCUUAUCAUAACAUGAUGUUGCAUGAAGGACACACGUAAGAAACUAACAACAUAUCUGAGGAGCAAGCCGGAAAAUAGGUGGACUGUAGUAGUGUUCAAAGGUUGUUUGUGCGGCAAGAGGAGAUGGGAUGAAGCCAAAAGAGUGUUGGAAAUAUUAUGCAAAAUGGCAUCGGUGAUAAUGAGGUGAUCACGGGCUGUCCGUGAGGAGCACAUAUCACUGCAGCCUUUGUGGUGCCAGUCAGCGAAGUAGCAGUCACCUCACAACGGGGAAACGAAACUGAACUGCCUUGUGCUUGCACUAGUUUAAAAAAAGAUAUUACAAAAAAACGGCAGUGGUAUUUACAUAUGAUGUAAAGUUAACAGGGGGAGACUUUUUCCUGCAAUAUUGAGUAUUUAGAGGUGUGUAUGAACAAACGAACAUCCUUGCAUUGACACAACAACAAAAGGAGCAGGCAGAAGACUAAAAUUCCUAGGUUCCAUGCAUGGUGGCUUUCUGUGAACUGAAAAGCACCCUGGGAAAUGGAAGAAUCUACCAAUCCAAGUAAGAGUAGACAUUGCAGGAAGAAAUAAUUAGUUGGGGAUUGUAUGCAAAUAACUGUUGAACGUGUGAUCUGAUCUGACAACUUUGGGUAUUCAUUUCAUAACUAUGAUAAGACUGUAUUAAUCCUGAAGAGCACUGAUGGAACUUGCAGCUGUAUUUUUAGAAUCCAGACACAUUGUGUUUCACUAGUGUGUUACAAAAACUAAAGUUUCGAAUCACAAAAGGUUUUUAAUGCCAGGGAUAUUAGAAAUAGGCAGUUAUGUGGUUUAAGAGGAUGUCAGACAAAGGACUUCACGUCGAGACCGAAUCAAGACAAAAUCUCAGUUAAGGGAGUAUGAUACAGCAGGUACACAGGAGCAGAGAACUUCACAACUAGUGCCUCUUUUUCAUCAUGUUCGCAACAUUUGAAAUAAUGCAAAAUGAUGCUACUGAGUGUGUGAGUGAACGAAGAUUGUGAUGAUGUAGUGUUUUGAUUGCUUUUUCCCCCCACUGCUCCUCACAUGCUGCAUUGGUACAGUCUGUUCUGUACGGCAACAUGUGCAGGUUCUGUUGGAGCUACAGAACUGUCCAAGCAUGCCUUGUUUCUCAGUUAGUCUUUGUUACCCUGAGGAUGGUCUUUGGAUGAAGGGAAAUCAGAAGAGAAGCCGAACAGAAGAAUGAAUAGCACAGCAGUUGUUCUGCAGUGGGGACACAUAACAGCUUUCUUCAUCUGCUAUCACUAACAUUUAUUUGUAACAGAUCAUUUUAUGGGACAUAUAUAUAUUUAACAGAAUGUUUCUAAAAUACAGGAUUCUCAUUAAAGGAUUUGGCUAUCUUAAAGUCCCCCGUUAGUUCCUGAGAAUAAACAAAAUCUGCUGUU